AGGAAAGAAGCAUUAAAAAAAAAAAAAAAACACCCCCAACAAAAGAGAAAAUUGCACCAUGACCCCAAAAUCCUCCAUUUUCUUCGUCUCCAUCCUCGUCCUUAUCCUCUUCCUCUUACCCCUCUCUUCCCAAAAGCCCGACCAGAACCGGACACCGAAACCAAACCCGUCGGCGGUCCACACGGAGCUCACGAACUACGGGUUUCCAAUCGGCCUCUUACCCUCCACCGUUCAGGGAUACUCCAUAAACAAAACCUCCGGCGAGUUCUUGGUCGACAUCGGCGGCGCGUGCAAAGUCACUCUUCCACCGGACAACUACCUGGCCACGUACUCUAAGAGGAUUACCGGAAAGAUCGUGUCGGGUCGGAUUGCCGAGAUCAACGGGAUUCGUGUUCGGGCCUUCUUCCAGUGGUGGUCCAUUACCGGGAUACGGUCCAGCGGCGAGGACUUGGUGUUCGAGGUCGGGAUGGUCACCGCCAAGUACCCCUCGAAGAACUUCGACGAAAGCCCCGCUUGCGAGGGCAAGCACUCGGCUUCGUGAGAGGGCAUCUAUUCGCUGCUUAUUGGACUAGUUUAUGUGAUAAAUGUUCCCUCCUCUAGGGCUGAAAGUACUUACGGAAUCAAAGUAAACUGUUAGCUGAUUGUAUCUAAAUUAGGGUAAUAUGCCCCGCUUUGUAUCCGCACUCAUCUCACUUUUUCUUGGUAACGAAUCAGACGGUUUUCCCUUUCUCUUUAAUUUAUAAUUAUACUUUUUUAAUUGCUA